AUGGCUGGUAUGAAUGUGACAAAUGAGGAAUCCCUUAAAUUGAGGGGUUUUUGCGAUUUAGAACGUUUGGUAGCGAAAGCGUGUGUUGAAUGGUGCAUGAAAAUGGAUUUAAUUGCUGAUGGAAGUGUGGUGAAUGCGGGCAGGAUAUGGACGUGGAGGGUAACUUACGUGUACUCUUUGGAAAUCGCUUUAUAUGCAAGAUGUUACUCUUAUAAUCUUCAUAUCUUCAGUAAAGAAGAACCUAACAAACUGGGUGCAACUGAUACAGAUACUAUGAUAAUAGCCAUCAUGACUCAAGAGAAAGAAGAGACGCUCUAUCCUUGGGUUGAAUCCCAGGUGUUCCUCUCAAUCCACUCUCCUUUAGUGCCGGAAAAUCCUAUUCAGUAUGGCCACGCUUUAAGAAGCGGGUACAAAUACGAGAUAUUUCUUCGUUUUGAAGAGGAAUAUCUACUUCCACAUCCUUAUGCUACUAAUUGUACCGAUUAUGAUGCCUUAUGGAAAAAGAACAAUAAAACUGGGCCUCGGUCACAGGAAAUGUGUAGAGAAUUUUGUGAGCAAGCUCAUAGUGUACAAUGUCUUGGGUGUGAAAAGUAUCUGACGAUGUUUUCUUAUAAGUGGAAAAAUUUAUGUCCGAAAGGGACACCUCAUUGUUAUGAUGAAGAAUUUAAGAAAAGUCUUGAAUUCUGCAAAGAAAAUUGCAAACCAAGUUGCAUGAAACUGAAAUAUACAUACAGGUUUAAAGAAACGCUUUUUACGCCGUUUUCGAACAGAAAGUUUUAUACAGUCAGGGAUAGAAUUGGAGUUGUUCUUUAUAUCAGAGAUCGCGAUGUUACAAUUGUAUCACAUCUGCCGUUGUACAAUGAAUGGGAACUGUUCAGCUACAUUGGCGGUCUAAUGGGAUGCUGGCUUGGUGUUUCUGUGUGGGCCUUUGUUGGCAUCAGUGAAAAGACGUUGAGAAAAAUCAUUUGGUGGAAGCCUAACUUAAGAAGAAAAUUCAGAAAAACAUUUCGAACCGAUAUGUCAUCUAAAACACAUUCGCUAUGA